UUUUUUUUAAAAGACAUCAGAUUUUUGUUAUUUUUCAUGUCUUGCUUAACAAAACUCUAGACCUAAAGAUACCUUAUAAAAUCAUGAUAUUUGAUUUAAAAAAAAAAACAUUUUGAGCACUAAAGCUGCAACAACUUUGCCUGCACAAGACUGUUACGAAGUCCACAUUACUUCUCAAGUUUCCAUGACAACAUUAUAUUAUUUAUAUACAGUAUUGUGCACACUGUACACAACAAGGCUUUGGGUUGUAUAGUGUGGAAUUUAAAUGUUACCUUUCAAUGGCAAUUGAUCUGUCUCUAAUAGUACCAUUUAGCAAUCGCUUUUAUCCAAAAGCAGGUGACCCCGGGAAUCGAACCCACAAUCCUGCCCAUUUGCAAGCACCGCGCUCUACCAACGGGAGCCAUAUCACCCCUUCGCAUCCACAAUAAAACUCUGUGAUAUUUCUCUCACAGAUCGUCAUGUCGGUCUUUAACAGCCCAGAUCCCUGUGGUGAAAAGAAAAUAUCUGACAGGAACACGGGUCAUCACGAGGAUAACGUUAUGUCGUACACGGCCGACGUUUCCAACAUGGCCACUAGGGGCAGUCCACGCUUUGGAGCCUUGAGUCACCACUCCUUCUUCUCCAGACACAACCCUCACCCACACAGAGUCACACACAUCCCAGGUCUAAAUGGGAUUCCAGUGUGCAUGGUGAAUGACGACUGGUACGUGACCACCUCACUGUUCCCCCAUCCGCUCAUCAAGAGUCAGGUAUUCAGGACGAGUUCAGGAGCACCGUUCUCCCUGCCUGCAGGACACAGCGUGUUCGGAGGCAGAUACAGCACCGGACACAGAACAGCUCUGUUAUCAGAAGCCUGGAAAGAGGAGUUGAAAGAUCUGUCUGCAAAAGUCAGCGUUUCUACACAGGACAAAAAGGACAUGAAAGAUGAGAAUGAAGAGGAGGGUCUAGGACUGAUCCGGAGGAAGACCCAGUACUCUGCCAAAACAGGGAGGAUCAUCCCUCCCUCCUCCCAGGCUUAUCAGCGUAGCCACCAGGCUCAGACCCACCGUCACCCCCCUGCCCCGGCUCUACAUCAGCAGGAACUUAUGGUGCUGGAGCUGCUGUGUCAAAUCCUUCAGACUGACUCCUUAUCAUUGGUCCAGCAGUGGCUGCUGCUCGCGGGCCAGAGGGAGAAGGACAUGGUGAUGGGGUUGAUUCAACAGGCCAUGAAGGACAGUGUCUUCCUAAGGCAGCAGAGUAUGACUGAGUGCGAGGUACCCAGAUGCCAUCCACGCACCUCUCUGUCGGGCCGGGUACUUACUAGCUGUGGACAUGCGAAACUAAGACUUCAUACCAGUUCAUCCCAACUUCAGCUGCCAAUCAGCAAGGAGGACAAACCAGAGAUGAUUGGAGAUGCAGAGGUACUUGAGGUCCACGCAGAAAGCCCGAAACCGCCCGAAACUAAGCAACAUAUUGCCCAGAAUGAUCAGAACGACCAGUGUGAUCAGAAUGAUUAGACUUCCUGAGUGUAAUGCUUCUGUUCUCAUCAUUUAAUGUAGUUAGUAGGAAGCCUGUUUCUGUAUCCAGAAACAUUCUCUGAAUAGUUAUUCUGUAUGAUGUAACACUGUUGUCAUGGUUAGGCAUGAGCCAAUUAAAUCAGAUUAUUGUCCCACUUUUUUUUCUAUUUUAUUAGCUUGGCAUAUGUUCUGUAAGGCGAUGUAUGACCACAAUGUGUUUAGAUGCCUGAGACUGUGAGACAUGCAAUGCCAGGCUAAGUUAAGAGCUAUCUGGAUAAUGACUCACAAUUAUCUUUUGAUUAUAUCUCUAAUUUAGAUAGCAAUAAAAAAAGGCAUUAUUGAACUA